CCUCACUCCAUUGCUCACUCAACCAAAUCAUAGCUCUCACUCCAAAAACCAAAGCUUUCAACUUUGUAGAGAGAAGGCCAAAACCAGAGUUCUUGAGAGAGAGAGAGAGAGAGUGAAAACAGAGAAAUGGAAGGGAAAGAAGAAGAUGUGAGGCUGGGAGCCAACAAAUUCUCAGAGAGGCAGCCCAUAGGGACAUCUGCACAGACAGACAAGGACUACAAGGAGCCACCACCAGCACCUCUGUUUGAGCCUGGUGAGCUCAAGUCCUGGUCUUUUUGGAGGGCUGGAAUUGCUGAGUUCAUAGCCACCUUCUUGUUCCUCUACAUCACUGUCUUGACUGUCAUGGGUGUUUCUAGAUCUCGCAGCAAGUGUUCUACUGUGGGUAUUCAGGGCAUUGCUUGGGCCUUUGGUGGUAGCAUCUUUGCCCUUGUUUACUCCACUGCUGGUAUCUCAGGUGGUCACAUAAACCCAGCCGUGACAUUUGGUCUCUUCCUAGCAAGGAAGCUCUCCCUGACCAGAGCUGUAUUCUAUAUAGUCAUGCAAACCCUAGGGGCAAUUGUUGGUGCUGGGGUGGUGAAGGGGUUCCAAAAGAACCAGUAUGAGUUGCUGGGAGGUGGGGCUAAUGUGGUGAACCAUGGCUAUACCAAGGGUGACGGCCUUGGUGCUGAGAUUGUUGGCACUUUCGUUCUUGUGUACACUGUUUUCUCUGCCACUGAUGCCAAGAGAAAUGCUAGAGACUCUCAUGUCCCUAUCUUGGCCCCACUUCCCAUCGGGUUUGCAGUGUUCUUGGUGCACUUGGCAACCAUCCCCAUCACCGGAACCGGCAUCAACCCUGCUAGGAGCCUUGGGGCUGCCAUCAUCUACAACAAGGACCGUGCAUGGAAUGAUCAUUGGAUCUUCUGGGUGGGACCGUUCAUCGGAGCUGCACUUGCCGCCCUCUACCAUCAGAUAGUCAUCAGAGCCAUCCCAUUCAAGACCAGGGAUUGAGAAGUUGUCUGGGUCUCGCCAUUCAGCCUUGUGUCAUAGGCCGCAACGAUUAUAUUAUCUCGUACAUUAUGUUCUGAUGUUGAGAGUGGAAUAUUUGGGGUGUGCAUAAGUUAUUUGCCUUGUUACAUUAAUGGAGAGCCUUAUUUAAUUUAUACUUGU